CUCGGUGGAUGAAGGGGUGUGUGUGUGUGCGCGCUAGACGACUUGCAUGCGAGAGAAUCGUACAGCGGCUCGCCUCCACUUCUUCUAGCAUCUUCUGCGAUGACCCCGACGCGUCGUCUCCUGCGCCCGCUGUGAGCAGCACCCCAGGACCCCCAACACCCCCAGGACCCCCAACAGCACCGCCAGCACCAAGCAGGCCGCCGAGGAAGAGCCGCAAACCGAUGCGUGCUGUCGUGCUGCGUCGCUGCCUGUGUUUGCCCUGUGUAGCUCGAAAAGGAAUCCUGCAAGAGGGAUUUGCGGUCCGUCAAUGAGGAACUACCGGCUCAUCUUUUGCCACAACCUGAAGCAGCCAUAGGUGAUUCACUGGUUCACUGGCCUGAGGAGGAGAGAAUAGGACACACUUUCACUGCUACACGACGUGAGGUCUUGGCGGGGUUGUGGUGAGGAGGAGGUGGAGACCAUGAGGAAGAGCGUGUCUCCGUUGCCAGGCAACGAGGGCGGGGGCUCCGCUGGCGCCACGCGGGUUUUUGGUGUCCCACUUGACGAGGUGACGCGCACGCACACGCUGAGCGGUCACGAGGUUCCUGCGCUGGUGAAAGACAUCGUUGACUACAUAGAGGAGCAUGGUCAUCUGGACUUCAAGGGUCUCUUCCUGGUUAACGGCAACGCGGAGCGAGUGGGUUGGCUGCGCCAGCGCUACGACAGCGGCGAGGAGGUGGAGCUGGACAAGGAGGCGGACCUGGCGUCUGCGGUCAGUCUGCUCCGACUCUUCCUGCAGGAGCUCCCCGAACCCCUUAUCCCAGCAGCCAUCCAGGGGCACAUACUACAACUGCAUCAAGCAGAAUAUAGCAGCGAGGAAGAGCUGUGCAGAAACCUGAAGUUCCUGCUGCAGCAGCUUCCACAGCUCAACUACGGCCUGCUGCGCUUCUUGUGCCGCUUCCUGGGGAGUGUGGCGUCGCUUCAGCAAGAGAGCUGGAACAUCGGAGCGCUUGCUGCCGUCUUUGGACCGGACAUCUUUCAUCUGUCAACAGAAGGCGAGGACCUUCGGGACCAGGAGUCCGUCAGCCGAGUGCUGGCAGAGCUGCUGGACAACCAGGAGGGCUUGUUUGACUCUGAGGACGACGACGUCUCCACCACCAACGACUACAGCUCCAUCAACGAACAGAUCACAGAGCUGUUGGACGACGACAAGUGCGAGGCGGAGUGCGAAGAGCUGCCUCAGGAUGGCGACGAGGGUCCUGCCUCCCCAAACUCACCGCAACGCACACACACGGAUAAUCCUGCCGACAGCGCCCAUCUUUCCUCUGUGCCCAUGCUGCCUGCUGACUCCGCAGAGAUCAUUGAACGAACCAUCAGGGCCGCAGUGGAGCAACAUUUCUUUGAGCUGAAGACCUGCAUUGACCAAGACCUCAAGGACUUUGACAACCAAGGGGAGCCAGCGAAUGCUGGUCGCCAUGGUGACCGAGAGCAAAAGAAAGACACACAGGAUGCACUGGGGCUUUCAGCCACCUUGGAGGAGGGUUCUGGAAUGGAGCUGGACACUAUCAGAGAUGAUGAAAACAACCUUAACACUGCCAGGCAGGACAAUCAGCUUUGUGACAACACAAGUUGUGACUCGUGCGACCAGAACGCCAACACCAGCCAAACUGCAAACAAUGGCCACGCCCCCAACAUCCAGCUCUUCCCCGACAGCCAAUGGGAUGCGCCACUUCCUCCUCAUCUUCACCUCCCUCCCAUAGACUUCUCAUGUAUGCACCUGCAGAAGGAAGGCCAAGAUCCAGUUCCUGCCUUCAAGUCCUGGCAGGAUGACAAUGAAAGCGGAGAGGCCGAGCUCUCCCCUCUGGCGGGUCGCAUGGUCCCCCUCCCUCUGCUGCCCCUCGAGGAAGAAGGGGAGGAGGACGAGGGCAGACAGGACGCGUCCCCCUCCUCCUCCCGCUCUCACCCGCACGUCCUGGCGCGGCGCUUCCUGGACUUCAGCGUGCACGGCGCCCAGCGCUUCCUCCAUCAGGACACGGACGCCACCUCGCCCACCAAAGCGCACAGGCCGAGGCGAGCGUCCUGCGGCUCCAAGGAGGCGAUGAGAGGAGACUCAGUGACUCACCAGCUCACCAAGAAGCUUCAACACCUAAAGAAGAAGAUUAAACAGUUUGAGGAGCAGUUUGAGAAGGAGAAAAACUACAAGCCGUCUCACGGGGACAAGGCCGCCAACACCAAAGUCCUCAAGUGGAUGACCGACCUCACCAAGAUCCGCCGGCAGAUUAAAGGACGCCAGCACCAUCUUUUCCCCAGAAGCACGCUGAGACACCAGGCUUUGCUCCAUUCGCAAAGGCGCCACCAUGCCCCGCCCCCCUCCUCCCCCUCCCAUUGCGCACACGCCCCCCCGGCCCACCCCCACUCGGGCCCGAGCUCGAGAGCGUGUCACCUCAACGCCAAACACCGCGCCGAGAGCGAGCUCGGCCCGCUGACCCGCCCUCGCAGCAACACGCUGCCAAAGAGUUUCGGCUCCACACUGGACCAGGGAGCGCACGAGGCAUCGGCGGGCGAGGGGAAAGUUCAGCAUCCCACGAGGGAGGAGACCCUGGACCUGAUCCAGCGUAGGGUGACGGGCAAACGGCGGGAGGAUGGCUGGCCUGACGACAUCAAGAAGAUGACCAAAGAGCAGUUGUCAUGUGAGAAGACAGUCCUUCAGAAGAACCUGCUGCACUAUGAAGGUCUGCACGGCAGACCGGCCACUCGUGAGGAGCGCCUGGUGGUGAAGCCUCUCUACGAGCGCUACCGGCUGGUCAAGCAGAUGCUGACCCGGAUCACCAUCACACCUGUCACCGUGUCGCCGUCCAGCAAGAGGCGGACCCAAACCCUCCAGCCAAUCAUCGAGGGCGAGACGGCUCACUUCUGGGAGGACAUCCAAGAGGGGGAGGACGAGUGCAAAGGAGGAGAGGGGGACAACAACAAGGGCGACCAGGAGUUGGAGAAAGACGAGGAGGAAGAGGAUGAGGAGGAGGAGGAAGAGGAGGAAGAAGGAGAGAGCAGCGGCGGGGAGAUGCAAGGGUCAGAGGUCAUCAUGGCCAUGGACCCGCACACCCGCCCUGAAGGAACAAUGGAGGAGGGGUCGGGGAAGCUGGCGCUGGACCUGCGACUAUCCACCUCCAACACAUCAUCCAUGCCAGAGCUGCUGGAACAGCUGUGGAAAGCCCGAGCAGAGAAGAAGAAACUGAGGAAGACCAUUCGAGGCUUUGAGGAAGAUUUUUACCAGCAUAAUGGCAGGAACGUCCAGAAGGAGGACCGCGAGCCCAUGUUGGAGGAGUACAGAGCCUACAAGAGAGUCAAAGCCAAGCUCCGCCUCCUGGAGGUUCUCAUCAGCAAGCAGGAUUCCUCCAAGUCCAUCUAGCACACUUCCAGCUCUGCCACCUUGCUGCCAAGCUUGUAACUGCAUCCAUGUGACUCCAGUGUUUGAUUGACAGCGGUCACAACCAAUCACAGGCCGCGUAGCAUCCAGGCACACCUGCUGUGACAGAGAUCCCAUCAGGUGACAUUUUAUUCUCCGUUUUACCGUUUUGUGUCCACGUCCUGGCUGGUCUUUGGCCCCACAAAGCGGCCGCAGCUGGUGGUUUCCUGCUGGCGGGUGAGCAGGUGUGUCCGUGUGGUGAGGUGAGGUGAGCAGGUGUGUCCUGUCUCGUCCUGCUAGCUGCAAGUGGAAACGGAGAGUUGUUAUUUGCACAGCAUUCCCAGAAUGCAGCCCCGAUGUGUGUGUACUUCUCAAAUGGAAGCACUACUUCUUUACCAAUAGAACUAGAAAUAAAGAUAUAUUCUGUAAAUACAAACACCCGAUGGACGAAUGUCAGAAAUGUUUAAAUUAUUCCACGUGUGGCCCCUUCUUUUGCUUCCUGAAGUAGUUUUUCUAUGCUGAUCACUUCCUGUAGUGUGCUCCUACUCACCAAACUGUACAAAGCAGCUGUAGUCCUUAGUGUGUGGUCCUGCUCGUCCUCUGUGAUGGAAGAUACAUACUUACUUGCAUGUGACAACAUAGCAACAAUAACACAACAUAUUGUUUCUAUUAUUUGUGCCAUAAAAGAAGCAGCAAUAAUAAAAGUUUGUGUGGAUAAUGGA